AUGAGCCCUUUCAGAGAGCGAAAGACGGAAGCCACUGACAUUGAAGAAAAUAAAGUGGAUGGGUGCAUAUGUCAUAUGCUUGUCUCCAUUGAAACACGCAGCAUAAACACACGCAUCAAAUCAAACUCGUUCGUCUCGUUCGUUCUUUCUGUUCUUCCUUUUUGUCCUUCCUUUCUUUCUUCCUUUUUGUCCUUCCUUUCUUUUUAUCCUUCCUUCCUUUCUUUUUGUCCUUCCUUCCUUUCUUUCUUUUUGUCAUUCCUUCCUUCCUUUCUUUCUUUCCUUUCCUUCCUUUCCUUCCUUGUUUUUUCCUUCCUUCUUUUUUUUUGUCCUUCCUUCCUUUCUUUUUGUCCUUCCUUCCUUUCUUUUUUUCCUUUUUCUUUUUUCCUUCCUUCCUUCCUUUCUUUCUUUUUUGUCCUUCCUUUCUUUCUUUCUUUCUUUUUGUCCUUCCUUUUUUUCUUUCUUUCUUUUUUUGUCCUUCCUUCCUUCCUUUCUUUUUCUUUCUUUUUUGUCCUUCCUUCCUUCCUUCCUUUCUUUCUUUCUUUUUGUCCUUCCUUCCUUCCUUUCUUUCUUUCUUUCUUUUUGUCCUUCCUUCCUUUCUUUCUUUCUUUCUUUUUGUCCUUCCUUCCUUUCUUUCUUUCUUUCUUUUUGUCCUUCCUUCCUUUCUUUCUUUUUUUUUCCUUUUCUUUUUUUUUUUUUUUUCCUUCCUUUCCUUUCUUUUCUUUUUGUCCUUCCUUCCUUUUUUUUCUUUUUUCCUUUUUUCCUUUUUUUCCUUUCUUUCUUUCUUUUUUUUUUUUUCCUUCCUUUCUUUCUUUCUUCUUUUUUGUCCUUCCUUCCUUUCUUUCUUUCUUUCUUUUUGUCCUUCCUUCCUUUCUUUCUUUCUUUCUUUUUGUCCUUCCUUCCUUUCUUUCUUUCUUUCUUUUUGUCCUUCCUUCCUUUCUUUCUUUCUUUUUGUCCUUCCUUCCUUUCUUUCUUUCUUUCUUUUUGUACUUCCUUCCUUUCUUUCUUUCUUGA